AUGGGGUUUUUGCGCAAGGCCUCCCUUUCCCGGCCGGAACAUCAGGUGGGCAAGACAUGGCCGGCCAUUGCUAUGGGCUUUUUUGUCGCCUUUGGUGGUGUUCUUUUUGGCUACGAUACCGGCACUAUUAGUGGUAUUAUUGUUAUGCCAUACUGGAAAGCUCAGUUCAGCACAGGCUACACUGAUGACAAGGGACCCAAUAUUACUACCUCUCAAGAGUCUGCCAUUGUCUCAAUUCUAUCCGCUGGUACCUUUUUCGGUGCUCUUGCCUCGCCGUUCCUCGCCGAUUAUCUCGGACGCCGUCCUGGUCUCAUCAUAUCUACUUGGGUCUUUAACUUGGGUGUUAUUCUGCAAACUGCUGCCACUUCUAUCCCUUUGUUCCUCGCUGGUCGAUUUUUUGCUGGCUUCGGAGUGGGCCUAAUCUCUGCUCUUAUUCCCCUGUAUCAGUCUGAGACGGCCCCCAAAUGGAUUCGUGGUGCUAUUGUUGGUGCCUACCAGCUUGCCAUCACGAUCGGUCUAUUGCUUGCUGCCGUUGUCGACAAUGCGACCGCCAAGCGCAAUGACAGUGGAAGCUACAGAAUCCCAAUUGCGGUCCAAUUCGCCUGGUCCCUCAUCUUGCUCGUCGGCAUGGUGAUUCUUCCCGAGACACCUCGUUACCUGAUACGAGCUGGCAAGCUUGACAAGGCUGCCAAGGCUCUGGGCAGGAUCCGCCGCCUCCCCGCCGACCACCCCGCAAUUGCUGAAGAGUUGCAUGAGAUCAAGGCCAACCACGACUACGAAAUGAAUCUCGGAUCCGGGACAUCAUACCUGGACUGCUUCCGUCAUCCGGUCCUCAAGCGCCAGCUCACGGGCUCUGUUUUGCAGGGUUUGCAACAGUGCUCAGGGAUUAAUACUUGA